AUGGUUGAUCCUAAACUAGAAAAAGUACUUGAAGAGCGUAAACCACGUUUCUGGACCCUUUUCCAAUGUGUUGUCGGUGCUCUAACAUUGAUGGCGGCUGUCGAAUAUUUUAAAUAUUCCACACGUAUCCAUUAUGAAUGGUUCCACUGCACACCAGUUAUAGAAACCGUUGGUGGACCCAGUAGCUCAGUGAUCAAGUUAUAUUCUCGUGGUGGUCCAAGUUGUGAUAAAAGAGGUGAAUUUAAAACUAUCGUUAAAAGAAUUACUAGAGAUUAUGAACCUGCAGAAGGUGCCAUAUCGUUUUGCAUAAAUGAAAAUGUCAAUGUGCCUGCAGUACACUAUCCAAUUGAUGAAAACAAGGGCGCUCCUGGUUAUGUAGCAUUUGUAGGAUAUGAUUCUGAUGGGAAAGAUUUAAUUGAACAAAUGUGUGAAGGUUCCACUAUUCUUCAUAUGUGA